ACCUAUUUUAAUAUGUCGCAAUAUAAGGUACACGUAUAUAUAAUACAAUUAUAAAUAUUGGGGUUUGUCCACAGGAAUCGCAAAAUAUCAUAUUUAAGUUCAAAUGCGGAAGCCGUUGGGAUAAAAUGGAAUUUAUAUCAAAUAACGUUUCACUAAAAUGCUGAAUAUGUGAUGAUAUUGCACAAUGGACACUCUGUCUUUUCAAGUCAAUAACUUAUAAUGGAUAACAUAACGCAUUCAUUUCAUCAUCUUGUCGUAUUCAACUCUGGAUGCAAUAGUUUCAGAUGGAAUAAUUAUUUAUAAAGAACAGAAAUCAUGGACAUGUUCAUCCUACUGACUGUUCUCCAGAUGUUAUCAUUAAAUGAAGCAUACAACUUCACCUGUCCAUCGCAGGCACACUGGAAUAUUCGGGCAAAAUCCAUGUGUGAGCCUUCAAGAAAUUAUACUUGUUUAUUUAACGUAACUUUUAGAGUAAAUGUAUACAGAGAUAGAUGUAACAGACCUAGAAUUUUAGGUUCUGGUUAUAAGUACGUCUUUCAGCCGAACUUAAACAGAGCAACAUGCAGUGUAACUCGAUAUCAGCCUUUCAUUUUUGACACAAUCGGGCACAGUGACUGCACCUAUCAAAAAUCACUCUGUAACAGCUUAGGUCAGGAGACGUAUGAAAACGGCAACACUGCGGUCGACAGAAAAUGUAUUUGUAAUACCGAUAGAGGAUAUUCGUUUGUCAAGAACUUGCAAAACCAGUGUUACUGCAAUCCUUCAACUGAAGAUUGCUCCUGCUAUCUCGGAAUAAAUCCAUACAACGAAACGGUUGUACUGAAAGAUAUGAAGUGCUAUGAUGACAUGAAAAUGACAAGAAGACGUUACUUAGGAGAUAGGUUUAAUAUAUCACGGAAGAUUAAGAUCGUUGAGUUUGACAACUACAGAUACAACGUAAACAAUGUUCCUACAACUGAAUAUCGCAUCAAAGCAGCUAAAUUUGUUAUGAUAGUAUCAUUUGCAUACUUUGUUGUUUGGAUUAUUGUCAUGAGAAUUAUGCGACAAUGGAUUGGAAGUCGUAUCAUUCCUAGAAAAUGUGACAUGGUUGAAUCCACUGAUUGUUCAAUAACCAUUGAGUGGUUUAUUGAUGUCCAAGACAAGUGCCUAUCGUAUGAGCUGUAUCGUCGACCUCAAAGGACAGAUGACGUGACUCUCCGGAAAUUCUCUUCUUACGAUGUAUUCGAAGGGGAAAAUGGACGACGCAUGUACAAACUUCAAAAUCUGCUACCUGAAACAUAUUAUGAAUUUAAACUACGUUCUGUAUAUAACGAUGUCAAAAGCCAUUAUUCGGAGUCUAUGACCAAGCAGACACUGAAACUAGCUCCUAGAAAACUUGACAUAGUUGAAUGCACUGAUUGUUCAAUAACCAUUGAAUGGUUUAUUGAUGUCCUAGACAAGUGCCUAUCAUAUGAAGUUGAUUAUCGACCUCAAGGAAUGAAUGACUGGUCUACCGAGACUUUCCUUUCUGAAGAUUUAUUGAAAGAUGAAGACGGAAGACGCAUGUACACACUUCAAAAUCUGCCACCUGACACAUAUUAUGAAUUCAAAAUGCGUUCUGUUUAUAAAGUUGCAAAAAGCCAUUAUUCGGAGUCUAUGAUCAUGCAGACACUGAAACUAGUUUUGCCAGAAGCCAUAAAUCACUUAUCAGAGGGAGAUAAAACUAGAUACAAUAAGCUUAUGCAAACUUCGAAAAAAGAAAACAGGUAUUUUGUAAGAAUUAUGAUAGUUGGAAAAAAAUCCGCUGGGAAAACAUGCCUCUUGAGAAGGUUAUUAAAGGAAAGCAUAUCUGAUGUUACUAGUACAGACGGUGUGGAUAUCGUUGUUCGUAGAUGCAAAAUCAACAUUAGAGAUGGAAAAUGGACAAUUGGCAAAGAAAUUGAUGAUGAUAAGGUGGGCCGCAUUAAGAGAGCACUUACUCCUAAUGCCGAGGACAGAGACACUCAACAUAUGCAAGUAGAUGAGACAACGAAUAUAAAUACACGACAUGAUGAGAUGUCUACUAAUAAUAGAUAUAUCACAACCGACGCAAAGGUUAGUCAGGAUAAAAGUGAAGAUAAAAAUGAGUCUUUAUCAUUGCUUAUGCCUGAGGAUUUCACAACCGACGUUAGGGAUAAUCUGGAUAAAAAUGAAGUUACGAAUGAGUCAUCAUUGGUAAUGCCUGAGGAUUUCACAAGCGACGCAAAGGAUAAUCUGGAUAACAAUGACAAAAAGAAGGAAUCUUCAUCUUUGGUAAUGCCUGAGGAUUUGAUGUCUCAUGUGUUUUCUAGGUCAACUGUAAAUACUCCUUCUAACCUUCAUGCAUUAUGUGAAUUAUGGGACUUUGCAGGACAAAAAGAAUUUUAUGCUACACAUCAAGCAUUUUUGACAAGUAGUGCAGUAUACCUGGUAGUUGCAGAUAUGGAGGACGACAUAAGUAAACAAGGCUUUAGUCAGUGUUUUGCCGAUUUUCAGCAUGUUGGAGAGUAUGUUGAUUUUUGGUUUGAUUCUAUCCAUUGCCAUCGAACUACCGACGAACGAACUAGUUAUGAACACUUCGAUCCUCCGAUUAUAUUAGUUUUCACUGGAAAGGAUAAAUAUGACAAGGCAGAAUUUAAGAAGAGAGAAAAGGAACUUGAUGCUCAAAUGGACAAAGUUUUGGGAUUUCAAAGCAAAUAUCAUCACUUGCACGACAAGUUGUAUUUGUCAAAUACGAAAGACAGUGACGAAGAAUUUGAGAAGUUGCAAUUCGCAAUUUACGAGACGGUACGGAAAAUGGAUAAUUGGGGUAAUGCUUUUCCGUUAAAAUGGAUUCUUUUAGAACAUUUGAUUGAAAUUAAUAAGAACAACGGAAGAAAUUUUAUCAAUUUAAAUGACAUGUUCAAUCUGGCUAAACAUCCUAAUAUCAACAUUCUAGAAAAAGAGGAUGUGUUGUUGUUUCUUCGAUUUCAGCAUAAUGUAGGGAACAUUAUUUUCUUUGAAAAUAUACCGGAUUUGAUCAUAUUAAAACCGCAGUGGUUAGCAGAUGCUUUCCGAUGUUUAGUCUCAGAUAAAUUUGAUUACAGGAGAUUACAUCACCUUGAGGACUGGACACUGUUUACACGACAAGGUAAAAUAAGUGAAUUGUUAAUAACAGAACUCUUCAAUUCAAAAGAUGGAAGUCAGUUUUCAGGACAGACAAUUAAUUUACAUAAAGUUAUGGUAAAGCUUGAUAUAUUGGUCAAAAUUGAGAACUCACAUUAUAUAAUGCCAAGCAUGAUGCCGUCUGCCAAGUUUGAGGAUAUUUGUGAAACAUUUUGCAUUGUUACAGAAAAAUGCAAAAGGACGUCCUGGCUUUGUUUUAAAUUUGAAUUUCUCCCACCUUCUUUCUUUAACCAUCUAUCUGCCUGGUUUAUCAGACAAUACCACCCUAGCAAAAUAGAUGGUGGUAUAGCUUUAUACCGUGGAAUCUGUAUGUUUGACAUUGAUGCAUCUGGUUGUGUAAAGAUUCUGGUAACUAUGUCGACUGAUACAAUUGCCCUCCAGGUUGUGUCGUUUUCCGAACAACAGAGAGAAUUAUAUAGCGAAUGUAGCAAUAUCUACAGUGGAGUUAUACAAUUAAUUGAAGAUGUCAAAGAGAGGUAUAAGGUGAAAAUAUCUUUUAAACUCCAUUUCAAAUGCAGUGAUGGCGAUUAUUAUAAAGAUACUUUUGAAUAUGACACUUUGACAAAAAACCAGGAGUGUUUCUGUCCACAUCACCAGAGACAUCGAUCUGAACAGAUAUACUCACCUUGGAUGAAGACUGAGGUAUUUUUUUUUUAA